AUGUCCAGAAGAAGCCAAACAUCCUCCAGAACGACAGACUCAGACCUUUCUUCACUGCCCAAACUACAAGAACCGGUAGAAACCUCAACAAGUCCGGAGGAGUUGGUCAAUAACUGGGAAAAUCUCCUCAACCAUGCUCGUAUGCGAAAAGACUUUGUGAAGCUUGGAUUCGACCUUAGCUUCCCAUUCGAAUAUGCCUUUCCGGAUUGGGCGACGCACUUCAAUUUCGAAGUCUAUUACCUCGACCCCGCAACCGCCAAGCGAAAUGCGACCAGGUAUUUCAACGACCUGAGACCGCACAUUGAUGCCGCUCUCUCCAUCAUCGAAGAGGCCGAUGGUGACCUUCUUAGGAUUGAGAGAAGAUGGGAACUGACCACCAAGUUCUGGUCUGGUGAGCUCAGCAAGGAAGAUGAGGAGAAGUGCCAGCCGGCUCCUAGUGCUAUCAAGAAAGCCAAUGGUCGCACGAAGAUGAAGAAGGAUGGUCCUUACAAAACAGGAAGUUGGCAGAUUGAAAAAUACCUAACUAAUUCCUAG